CUUGCCGCUACAUGUUGUAAGAGAAAUAGGCUGCAUAAAAUAGCCCACAUAGUUCAAAUUGUUUUCAAGUGUCCCAUUCCUCUCGACAGAGACAGGAAAACGGAAUGAUAUAACCUUUCAAUCAGAAUUACUUAUAAAGGCCAAUAUUCCGAAUUAAUGGAUAGCCCACGCAGUGACUGUCGAAGACUAAAUUUCCAAUGGGCGCACAUGUUGGGCGGAGACGGUGCUGAUAAGAACUGUAUGAACGACGGCGCAACGGGAGAAUUUGGCGUGGAAACCUCCUGAGAACAUUGAGAGCUAGCGAAAGAAAGGUGAAUCAAAGCAACAAUCAUCAUGUGUGACGGACCAACCAGGGAGGACGGCACAGUCACCAGGUCUGCCGAGUAUGUGGGCUCGUUUCCUGUGGAUGAUCAUUGCUUGGAUGAGCAGAUUCAACAGCUGCACAUACAGCUGAAGGCUCUCAGGAACUGCAAGAAAAGGAGGCCAGUCUCGCUGAAGUUCUCAAUCAAAGGAGUGAAAAUAUAUGAUGAGGAUGAGACGACACUCCUCAUGGCCCAUGCGUUGCGGAGGAUCUCCCUGUCCACCGCUCGGCCGUCCGACUCCCAGUUCGCCUUCGUUUCCCACAACCCAGGCAGCAGUGACACCCAGCUCUACUGCCACCUUUUCAAGGCCAGACACGCCAGAGCGGCACAGUUCCUGAACCUGCUGCUGUGCCGGUGCUUCCAGCUCUUCUACUUGGAGUGCCACCCGGAGGAGGCUCAGGACGAGUCGUCUGAGGGGAAGAAGCUAACACGUGUGCCCUCUCUCCUCAACCAGGGCUUCCCCCUCAGCGUUAGCGCCCUGGUCUCCUUCAGACGAGCCCCUUUCCUGGGACUCUUCCCAGGGGCCAAGACCCCGUCCAAGUCCAGCACACCGGAGCCACAGCAGCAGCAGAAGCGGCCACAGAGCAGCAGCCCAGAUGAAGGCCCCAUCACCUCGCCCACGCUAGUGCGCAAGGCGGCCAUCCGCAACAAGGGCCUGAGCUCCGGGGCCUACCGCUCCUUCACCUACACGCCACUCAAACAGAGGCAGCUACAGGAGCGGAUGAACCACACGAAAGGAAAGGAGGAACAAGAUGGUCCAGUGCAGCGUACCCCAAGUCUGGCCGAGUCCGAAGAAGCGUUGGCUCAAGCGGUGUGGUGCUCGGCUGGGCUCUCUAGUGACAGCAGCUCUGCCCUGCUUGCGGAGGAUGUGCUCGGGGCCUACCUGCUGUGUCCCCAUCCCAAGAAACCAAGUCGUGGCACCCUCAUCAUCCGUUUCCCCUCCGGCCUGGCCGUUCGUGUCAUCAAGAACACCUCCAAAGGCAGAUAUCUGCUGGAAGGAUGCCACAUCGAGUUUGACACCAUUUCAACCCUAAUAGAAUACUACACGGAGUACAGGGGGGAGCUGGAAUGUCAUCUGAGCUGUGCACGAGUGAACCACUGCUAUGAGUGGGAGGAGAACGUCAGCAAAUCCCAGACUGAACUAGCACAGUUUGGCCACAAGAGGGUCAUUCCCAAGUAUGGUCAUGUUAAAAGCUGGAUCUGAAUUCUUUAUUUUGAGUUUGUGCAGUGAAGGUGGCCUGUGUCUAUCUGGUGGGCUAGGCCUACUGAAGGCUUAAACUUUUAAACACUUUUUAAAGAAGUUUUAUUACUUCAGGUACAUUUAUUGUUCUGUGAUUCCAUUCUUUUUGUUCAGAGUAUAUGGACUUGGUGAGGCUACUCACUUUAACUUACGUGGCACUUUUCUUUCAAUCAAUUCUAAUGGUUCGUUUAGCACUUGAGGUCUACAUCUGCUGAAGUCUACAUGUUAUUUAUUUAUUUGUGGGUUUUGGGAAUGUCACACUUUUCUCUAUGAUCGAUAGCCAGUAUGCUCAUUUUACUUAAGAAUUCUUAAUUAAUAUUUAGGCUAGGCUGUCCUUUAUGCAUGUGUAGGAUAUCAUUUCACAAUUCUGUAGCCUAUAGCCUACCUACUUUUGUUACAAUGCCAAUAUGCCAACUAAACAACGACUUUCAAUGUGUUACCAUUCUCAUAUCAUAAAUAUGUGGUUACUGACAUUAUGAUUAAUUACUGGUAACACAUUUCUGGUUACUGACAUUAUGAUUAAUUACUGGUAACACAAGUGUACUCAGGUUUGUCUGUGACUGACAUUUUGUUGAUUUUUGUAUGUGCCAGUUUUUAUGUUGUAGCUUACGGCUGUAGUUAACUUUUAUGAAGUUUUUACUGUCCUCCAUUUUCAAGGACUUAUAUCACAUUUUGUAGUUGACUUCAUAUAUUUUUAU